AUGGUACACUUAAAAAAUGUACAUGUAUUUAAAAUAUACUGUGCAUCCUCAUUAUUUUCAGAAAACCUUGCUUUAGAAGGAGAGGUGAGACAAAGUACAAUAUACCAAACAUUCGGUGCACAUUUCGCUAUUGAAGGACCAGCAAAUAAUGACUGGAAUGAUGGGUGCUCGUCUACAGCUGCGGGUCGACGGACAGCAUGGUGGGGAUUACUACUACCAAAACUAGUCUACAUGACAAAUAUUAAAUUAUAUUAUAGAGGGGACAAACCAGACCGUAUGAAUGAUUUUCGUUUAUAUCUAUCCAAUACUUCCGUUCAUGCUUCGUAUAAAUUCCGUUGCUAUACAGAUCAAGGAAUAGCUGGUUAUCCUGACGUUACCCAGGAUAUCAAUUGCAACCGCCUCACGAAAAAUGUGUAUUUCUUCAACAGAAGAACUUCUGGCGAAGGUGCCUUCGUAGAAAUAUGCUAUAUAGAAAUAUAUGGAUGCUGGAAAGGUACAUGGGGUCUAAAUUGUACAAAUGCAUGUCCUGCUAACUGUAUAGACCAUCACUGUUACCCGGGAAAUGGUUCUUGUAUUUGGGGAUGUGAAUCUCGUAACUGUCUCUAUGACAAGUGUGAUCCAAACGCAGGUGUUUGCAUUGAUGGAUGUAAACAUGGAUUUGUUGGACAGAACUGUAAUAACGGAUAUUGUGAGUAA